AGGAAGGAAGGAGGGCAGGAAAGAAGGAGGGAAGGAAGGAAGGAGGGCAGGAAAGGAAAGAAGGAGGGAAGAAAAGAAGGAAGGAAGGAGGGAAGGAAGGAAGGA